AUGGCGAAAAAUGCUGCCGCGCAGGCGAUGUGGAGCCGCCGCCCCUUUGUCACUUACGGAACACGGAGUCUUUUCCUGACUAGUCUUUUCUUAUUUAUGGCUCUAGGCGCGGUACUUCUUUUCGUCUUCAGUGAACCUAUGAUCACGCUGCUAGCAACACCGAAUGCUGAGCUACCUAGUGAUAAAAUGAGCACUAACGUAACUCAAAUGACGCAUUCUGGCAGCAACUCGUCAUUGCUGCAUACCACACCAAUACCCUACAACACAGCUGAGCUCUCCACUCUAUGGCCUGAGCCUACGAGCACUCAUCACGCUGGAGAGGACGGUCUGCCUCGUGAGGGCGAGACAAUGAAGCCAGCAAUUCACAACGAUUCGCCGGAGAUGAAUCCGUGGAAAAAGAUGCGCUUACCGACAGACUGGACGGUGUGCAUUCGACGGAACCUGCAGUUGGACGACCACGGGCGGCCAUUGUACGCGGUCAAGGCUAUGGAGAACGCGAUCCCGCUACUGAUCACCCCACUGACAGGCGAUGUGGAGUUCUUCCCGUUCUUUGUGUGCUCCAUAGACGUCCCCGUGCGGUACCAUUACGUGAUUCAGAACGAGCGCAACUCGGAGACAACUGCGGUCAUUGACAGGCUGCAGCGCCUCUUCGGUGAAAGCGGGCGGCUACUCAUUGUGCGGAACAGGUACAACCGCGGGUACUCUGGGAGCAUGAACCAAGGAUUCGAGUGGGCGCUGAAGGAGCGGACGGAAGAGGAAGUGCCGUGGGUAUUUGCGUGUGGCGUUGACGUGAUCUUUGAGCGUGGUUUGCUUGCGACAAUGGUACAAGUUGUCCAGGACAACACCCGCGGUGACGCUUCCAUGCUCGCUGCACUGCGCGCGGAGGUGGAGUUAGAGGAGCGGCUGGUGCGUGAGGGUAACUACUCGUACUACGAGCGGUGGGUGCCGCGCGGGCGUCCGCUGAAGGUGCUGCGGAGCGGGUACCCCGGCGUACCGCUGAACGUCCGGACUGCGCCGCUGAUGCCGGACCGCAUCCGGUACAUGGUUGGGGAUGAGAACCGCAGGAGCGGAAUUGUGACUGACGCUGAGCUGAAAGGGCGGUUCUUUGGGAAUUACGUGGCAACUGUGACUCCUGUGCCAUUUGCGCUGGGGACAAUUGCGGUAACACGGCUAGCGCUUUCGGUCGUUGGAUACUUUGACGAGAACUACUUCCCCGCAUACAUGGACGACAUCGACUGGCGGUGGCGGCAAUUCGCAUAUGGGUUCAAAACUCUUUAUGCGCAGCCCAACGCCCCAGUGAUCCGCUGGCACCAUUACAAUGCUGCGAAUCUUCGUGGCAGUCCCUUCCAAGAUCAGUACUUGAAGUACGACACCGAGGCCAACAACAGCCGCAUCGCGUUCUCGCAGUAUAUUGCACGCUCCAAGCGCCAGUACGAUAAACUCAAAUAUGGCCCACGUGACCUGAUUGGUAUAUGGCAUGAGUCUGUUCAGGAGGGUGAGUACAACUACACGUACUUCAACAUAUCGCGCUACCCUGCAGACACAUGGGUGCUCGACGAGAGCGCGCGCCAGUGCAUGUUUCGGCACACCUACAGCUACGAGACGCAGUCUUGGCAGAGGCCGAAAAACUGCGCGUACAUGCCGCGGACGCUGGAGGAGAGUGGCAUCCUUGGCGUAGACCAGCUGGAGGCCUACAAGAUGAUGGUCAAUAAAAGCAAGAUUGAGUACAGAUGA